CCAACAUAGGACCACUGGAUAUAGACACGCAUAGAUGCUUUAGAAUAGAAGAUGUUUUUCUACUAUAGAUAGAAAUUUGGUUACCACUAUUAAGAAUAGCAGCGUACCAGAAACAAACAUAGAAGAAGAACAUCAACAUUACAAGAAGAUGGCGCCCGCGGAUCAUGUUACUGCGGGUCGUGUCAUCUUCCCUCUUGACGGACCACCCUUAGCGCGUCGCGAAGAUGGGAUGUCAUUGGAUGUAGUGGAUGCACCAGGUGCAUCAAAACCGUACUUCAAUACGCGGGAACUGAUCACAUUGCAUUAAGGCUUUUCUAUUGAUACUAACAUCAUUCUUGCUUCACUACUCAUUCUUUUAUAAGGCUUUUAGUGAUAAGAACAUCAGAGUCAAUUUGGUAGAUCAUCCUUGCUUCACUGCAACUGUAUCCUUGAAUAAUUGAUGCAUUUCAAGAACAUGAUUGAUGAUCUUCUUACAAUUACAUUCUCCGUAGGAUCUUGCUUCAUCCCUAAUCCUGGAACGUGCACGAAAAGAAGAGGCAACUAAUACAUCCACCGAAGGAGGACAUUAGCCGACAAAAAACAUACUAUCCGACACCGGUAUUGAAGUCAGUAGAUCUUUAGUCUUUCCUUUUUGCUAUCCUCGGAUGUCCCCUGGAUUGGCGGGUUUACUACUACUACGACCCCUACUUCCUCUCCUUUCGCUAUUCUCAACAAUGUUUGUCACUCUACUAGCGCCAUACUUGAACUGGUAUCCUGGUAAAAGUAUUCUUUUCAACAACAAUUUUCCCAUCAUCUUUAUAUACAACGUCAACUAAGACUUUUAUAUUGACUCUUGUUCAGUAUUAAUUUCCUCGCUAAAACCAUUGUUUGAUACCACUUUCCCACAAAACCAUCCAAUUUUCACCUGUACUCCCCAGCUUCACCGGCCACGCGACUUGAGUUUGACUACAGCGGACAUCCCUUUUGCCCAACCAGCCCUCCUCGAAACCAGUGGGAGGCACACGGAUCCGGUCCAGCCGGUUUACCAAUUUCUGGGUGCCACACAAGUAAAACCUGUGGAGCCUUUUGUGCCUAGGAAUGCAGGGAAUGUACUUUUUCUUACUGUCUAGUAGCAGGUAGAGCUCGCCAGGGAAAUCUCAAGCAAUCUGCCAAAUAGAUUCGCGUCGUCCGUAGCUUUGUUGCUUCUUUUACAUCUAUUGACUCCCAAGACUGCUGCUGGUGCUUGCUUUGAGGAAAGUUUGAGGUCUUUCUUUGGUGUCAAACUCCUAUUGUGAACCAACACCUCUACUCUUCAGUUCAUUCUAGUGAAUUCCGAUGUGGACGGUGCAGCACCAAGAAAGCUGAUACCAGAUAGGAAUUACGUCCGUGACCUGAAUGACAGUAGCGAUAUUGCCUACUCCACUCCGCAUUACCACCUGAGGCAUGUCAAAAGCCAGACAUACCUAGGACGUGGAAAAGAAGUCUAUGGAGAAGAUCCGGCAGGUAGCUUCUUUUCUAAAUCUGUAGUAGAGAAGUCUAUGGAGAAGUUUAAGUAGAAAAGUCUCUACCUGCGAGGCUUUUCUACUUAAAUCUUUGAAGAAGGCUUGUAGUUGUUAUCGCAAUUAUAGUACCUAUAGUACCUACGUAUCUUAAUAGCUAGUGUAGUUGUACCAUUAGUUCCAGUGGACUGGUGCUAAUAUUUCUGCAGAUUUAUUGAGCAAGAUGAAACAAAGCAUGACAAUGACAAACAAGAUAAAGAGUGAGUCUUUUUGGGGGAACCUACCGAUUUCAAAAUGCUCCACCACGCACUACAGCACGAGCUCCGCGUCAAUACCGUGACACCAACCCCUUGGACCCAGAGUAUAGGGUGUCUCAACUACCAAAAGGAUACGACGGAUACAACGCAGAUCCUAGGUUAUGUGAGAUGUUGUAAUAGAUGAUUUUCUUCUAGGAAGCUAACAGCAACAUCUAGCUAGCAUCCUCUAAUCGGGACCUUGCAACGUCCACUCGAAAUCGGUCGUAUUCCUGGAUCGAAGCCGCGAAAACUGCAGUGGUCCAACAGCGAGCCUACGUUUAACCUGAUGACGGAAGAUGUGGCAGGAGCAAUGCCGCAAAGGUGGGUAGGCGAAUUGCCAACGCACAUCUACGCGCCCAAAAACGAGAGGUCGAAACCGCCGUUGAACCUGCUGAUCCACGAUAUUCCAGGUGCACAAGUGGGUACUGCGAAACCGGGAUUGGCGAAUUUUAUGGGCUGAAACUUUGAAGAAUGCUGCGUCCAGGAGCGCGUCCAAAGAAGCGCAUAUGCACCUUCAUUGAUCAAUAACAAGUCAGCACAUAGUGCUUUCUUAGGUGAAAUAUACUCACAUUGUAUUUAUCAUAACUCGCGGGUCCCACUGACUUACACUUUAUCUUCAGUCCUCUUCUCUAAAUCCUCUCGUAAUACGAAUCCGUUGUUGCCAACAUACAAAUUCUUGGAUGGAACGCUUUCACCAUGGAACCUAAGAGGCAGUCCAAGCGCAGGAGGUCAGAUCUCCGCACCCCAACAUCGCAUACACGUUUUUGGUGGGUGA